GUGGGUGGGAGGUGACGGAGGAGGGGGAAGGGAAGGGAAGGGAAGCGAGAUAAGAAAGGAGCAGUGGAAUUUGCAAGAAGCUAAAAUUACAGGAGCGGCGCAAACAGCGAACGGAGGAGCAGUCCCCACAAAAGGCUAUAGAUGAAUGAAGCAGAGAAAUCGAAAGAAGCAGCGAGUUUCAAAAUUACUACUGGUGCCGCAAUUAAGUUGUACGUCAAGCAAAGCAAACAAGAGCAAAGGCGGGAAGCGAGGAGACGCGGUGACGGCGGGCCAGGGAAAUGAUGACAGCUGAGCGCUGACCGAGGGGGUGAAGGACUUAAUGAGAGCGGAAAGGAGAAUUGAGACGACUCGAAGGCACGGAGACCGGACUUAACGGUGCUUUCGGAGGAGCUCGGGGUGGGCGCAAAGAGCCUUGGAGAAAGUGACAGUGUGACACAACGCCGCUGCUCACAGUUACCAUGUGUUUCUCUUAAAAUGAGGGGUGGAAGACGGCACUAGGGGAGGAAAAUAAAUCGGACGUCGCCGGCCUCGGGCUCAUCAUCUAACCAUGUUGAUGAAGGAAUACAGGAUAUGCAUGCCGCUGACUGUGGAAGAGUACAGAAUCGGGCAGCUGUACAUGAUCAGCCGCCACAGCAGCGAGCAGAGCCACGGAGGGGAAGGUGUGGAGGUGAUAUGCAACGAGCCUCAGACCCACCCGCAACAUGGCCUCGGGCAGUUUACCGAGAAGCGCAUACACCUCAGCAGCAAACUUCCAUCCUGGAUAAAGAUGUUCGUCCCCCGAAUCUUUUACAUCACGGAGAAGGCCUGGAAUUUCUAUCCUUACACGAUAACCGAGUUCACAUGCUCCUUUUUUCCCAAGUUCCACAUCCGGAUUGAGACGAGGUUUGAGAAUAACAAUGGGAACAAUGACAACGCUUUUGAAGACAUCCCCACCCCCAAAGAAAGCGUGAUCCACUUGGAUAUUUUGAGCGACAAAAUCCCUGAAAAGCAUUAUGAACAAAAAGAGGAUCUGAGCAGCUGGAGGUCGGCGAAGACAGGCCGAGGCCCUCUGCGCGCCGGCUGGCGCAAUGAAAGCCUCCCCGUGAUGUGCUCCUACAAGAGGGUCGAAUGCAGCUUUGAAGUGUACGGACUUCAAGGGAAGACAGAGGAGUUCAUACACAAGAAUAUUCGCGAUAUCCUGCUUGUUGGGCACCGGCAGGCUGUGGCGUGGACUGAUGAAUGGCAUGGUAUGACUUUGGAGGAUGUGAGACGGUUUGAAAAGGAGCUGCAGGAGCAAACCAACAACAAGCUGAAAUCCGCACCUGGCAGAGGCGAAGUGUCAAACUCCGCUCCUCGCAUCUCUCGCUCCGUGUCUGUCGCGGACGAGCUGUCCUUAAAGAAGAUGGGCGUGGUGGAUGAAGUGACAACAGACUCGUCUCGUCGGCCUCAAAGCCCCAUGCGGGUGAACUCCACCCCUAAGUGACGUCCUUCGGAGCGGUGCAAUCCCGGUUGUAAAUGUGUGCCCUUCCUGCCGGUGUGCCUGACAUUUAGAAACAUGCACAAAAAUCUGACCAAUGUGGAAAGGCUUUGUCUGUUUUUAACAAGUAGUGUCAAAAGUGGCAUUUGUCAACAAAACACUAUAAGCAGGAUUCUCUUAUGCAUUAAUAAAUAAGCUAAUUAUACAGAAAAACAUGCAAUACAAUACAAACAUCAGUGCUACUCAUAUAGUUUCAGGGAUUUACAGGAAAUAUGUGUGUGUGUGUGUGUUUAUAUUUGCAAAUGUACAUGCAAAUACAUAC